AUGGCACCCCAAUUACAAAAGGCGUUCCAGAUAAUCGAUGAGGCCCAUGCCGAGGAUCCCAAGAAGGUCACGAUCAAUGGACAAGAAAUUGCAUACGAGCUUCACUAUGCCCAGCAGAUGAGCUGGUACUUGGAAAGACGCUCACCCGAUGCCUCGGAUCCUCUCAAGAUCGCCAUUCGCGCACAACACUUUCGCCGCUGGGAAGUGCCUCGAGACUCGUAUCCCAUGACGCGCAUUGGUUACCACAGCUGGAGAACCUUCCUCAAGAAGAGACAGGCACAACUGGUCAAGCCCAUCAUGGAAGAGUGCGGCUUCAGCGCAGAAGAUACACAAAAGACCAUGGCCAUGAUUGAAAAGCAAGGUCUGCGUGAGGGCGAUGCAGAGACUCAGGCUCUGGAAGAUGUUGCAUGUCUGGUCUUCCUCGACGACCAGUUCGAAGCCUUUGAGAAGACGCUGGAUGAGGAGAAGAUCAUCAAGAUCCUCCAAAAGACAUGGGUCAAGAUGAGUCCAGAGGGUCAUAAGAUGGCUCUGGAGCUUCACAUGUCUCAAAGAUGUCAAGAACUGGUCGGAAAAGCUUUGGCUUGA